UGUUCGAUUUUGGUUUCACGUGUAUGGAUGCACGGCGGGGUUUUUUAGUGGUUUUCGAGCUAGUUCCAACAUUGCUUGUUGGUUCGAAAAGUGUGAAACUUGAUUUUUCUUAUCACAACAGACUUUUCACUUGAAACAAACGAUUUAGCAACGAGACAACGGGAUAACGAUUUAUUGUGUGACAACAUAUUGAAAGACUCGGACUAUAUAUAUAUGUGUGUGAAAUAAGGAAAUAAGAAAAAAUUUUGUGGUGAAAUCGCAUUGAUAUGGUGUCAGUGGAGUCAUCACAACAUCCACCAUUAUCCAGCCAAGAAUUCGAUGUCGAGCAACCUCUUAAUGCGGUAGCACCAGCACCCAGUGAAGGUGAAUCAACAAUAAAUAACAAUCGUGUUGUUGAAAAUAAACCUAGAACGCCAUUGAAAAUGUCCCAUGAAAAUAACGCAGACGCGAUGGUUACGAUGGGAGCGCCUCCACGUGCCAGUGUAACGUCAACAAUCGGAUCGAAUGGUCAGACAAAUGUAGUGAAUAACAAUAAUCACAAUUUAAAGAGCACCGAAUCAGACGAAGACGAUUACAACAGUGGCGGUGGUAUAAUUAGCGCUCCAUCUGGCAUACCAGGCGGUCCAAUUUAUGGUGGUUAUUGGGGCGCAUUGCGAGCCACCAGCCGAGCCGUCAGUCCAUCCAUGAUGGAUAAUAUGAGCGAAAAUUCAUCGCAACCGCCAAUGCCAGCUCCGUUGGCUCGGUCGAAAUCUCGUCCAGAGCUGGUCGGUGGCAUUGGUGCAAGUAGUAGAUAUGGGAAUUUGUCGUUCUGGAAAGCAAGACGUGUAUUGUUUUAUCGGAAUGGUGAUCCAUUUUUUCCGGGAGUGGAGUACCGGUUUAAACCAUUCCGUGAUAUUGGCAGUCUGGAAGCAUUGUUGGACAAAAUUUCACCGAAAAUGGAUCUACCACGCGGGGCAAGAUAUGUCUUCUCAAUGGAUGGUGAUCGGAAAUACAAUUUGGAUGAACUGGAGGAUGGAGCUUCGUAUGUUGUCAGCUCAUACAAGGCAUUUAAGCCCGCAAGUUAUGGUAAAAAGAAUGGUAUGUGGUAUGCCUCACCUGGCAAUCAAGGAUGGGGAAAUAAAUCCCUGAGUCGAAAGCCAUCUGUUCUGGAAGCAGACGUGGCUCCAUCAGCUGCAAAUGCAUUGAAACCAUCUGCCGGCCGUGUCAUCCGAAUCAUAAACAAUCUAGAUCAUACAGUUCAGUGUCGCGUUCUCUUGAAUCUACGUACAUCCCAACCGUUUGAGGAAGUUCUGGAAGAUUUGGGCCAGGUACUCAAAAUGACCGGCGCUAAACGAAUGUAUACCGCUAGUGGACAGGAAGUGCGAAGCUUUUCACAAUUACGCAAUGAAUUUGCUGAAAUCGAAACGUUUUAUUUGGGAACGGGGGCUGCUGUUAUCGCGCCUGUACCAAGUGGACCGAGCUCACCAGUUCGUCGAUCUCGUUCACGAGCUGGUGUACCAAUAGUCCAAGAAGAUAUAUCAAAAACCACAGCCCGACAAAGAGCACGAAGUAAAAGUCGACCAAGGGUUUUAUACGCUCCAGAAAGUGAAAUUGUUCGACCGACCGCAGACUACUCACUCUUGGAUGUUAUGAAAGAAGAACCGACUAAAGUUAUAAUUCGUGGUCUCAGAAGAACGUUUUAUCCUCCUGUUCAUCACGCACCGAUGGACAAUUCACCUCCCGAUAAGAAAUUGGCACUCCAAUGGGUGCAUGGAUAUCGAGGAAUUGAUUCGCGACGAAAUUUGUGGGUGCUACCGUCAGGUGAACUAUUGUAUUAUGUGGCAGCAGUCGCAGUGUUACUAGAUCGAGAUGAAGAAGCUCAGAGACAUUACACCGGUCAUACAGAGGAUAUUAUGUGCAUGGACGUCCAUCCGUCUCGAGAGUUGGUGGCAUCCGGUCAGCGCGGUGGCCGAGACAGAAAAUCCCAAGCUCACGUCCGAAUCUGGAGCACUGAAUCGCUACAAACAUUAUACGUUUUCGGUAUGGGAGAACUGGACAGUGGUGUGACAUCGGUUGCAUUUUCUCAGCUGAAUGGCGGAAGUUACAUUUUAGCCGUUGAUGCUGGUCGUGAAAGCAUAUUAUCGGUUUGGCAGUGGCAAUGGGGUCAUUUAUUAGGAAAAGUUGCUACUCUACAAGAAGGCCUGUCUGGUGCUGCAUUCCAUCCCCUCGAUGACAAUCUCAUCAUCACACAUGGUCGUGGUCAUCUUGCCUUUUGGCACCGACGAAAGGACGGUUUCUUCGAACGAACCGAUAUUAUCAAACAGCCGUCCCGUACGCACGUCACCAGCAUUCAAUUUGAGCCGGAUGGUGACGUUGUCACCGCCGACAGUGAUGGUUUUAUUACAAUUUAUAGUGUUGAUUCGGAUGGUGCUUAUUUUGUGCGAAUGGAAUUCGAGGCCCAUAAUAAGGGUAUCAGUUGCUUGGUGAUGCUGUCAGAGGGAACAUUAUUGUCCGGUGGUGAAAAAGAUCGAAAAAUUGCUGCCUGGGACUCAUUGCAGAAUUAUAAACGAAUUACCGAUACCAAAUUGCCAGAGUCGGCAGGCGGUGUUCGUACCAUAUAUCCACAGCGUCCGGGACGCAAUGAUGGAAAUAUUUAUGUUGGUACGACACGGAAUAAUAUUCUUGAAGGAUCGCUGCAAAGACGAUUUAAUCAAGUCGUUUUUGGACAUGGACGUCAAUUGUGGGGACUGGCCGCGCAUCCAGAAGACGAAGUGUUUGCAACAGCUGGGCAUGAUAAGCACAUUGCGUUGUGGAGAAAGCAAAAAUUAUUGUGGUCAACACAGGUUGGAUACGAAUGUGUAUCGUUAGCAUUUCAUCCAUUCGGCUCGGCUUUAGCAGCGGGAAGUACAGAGGGGCAUUUGCUAGUGAUGAAUGCGGAAAACGGUGCGACAAUGUUGACGUUAAGAGUGUGUGGUUCACCACUGAACUGCAUUGCUUUCAAUCAAGUUGGAGAUAUGAUAGCAAUGGGAUCACAAAAUGGAAGCAUCUACCUAUUCCGAGUAUCAAGAGAUGGUUUCUCAUAUAAAAAAGUUAAUAAAAUUCGAGGCUCUCAGCCGCUCACACAUUUGGAUUGGAGUGUUGAUGGUUGUUAUCUGCAGACUGUUACGGUUGACUUUGACCUUUUGUUCUGGGACGUCAAAUCACUAUCACCCGAGCGAAGUCCAAUGGCAAUGAAGGAUGUUAAAUGGCUGACACACAAUUGUACAGUUGGAUUUAUGGUAGCUGGUAUGUGGAACAAUCGUUAUUAUGCUUCGACAUCGUCCAUAAUGACAACGAGCAAUCGAGCAACCGCUCAAGACAUGCUGGUUUCUGGUGAUGCUGAUGGUUAUUUGAGAUUGUUUAGAUAUCCAUGCAUAAGUCCCCGGGCGGAAUACUGUGAAGCGAAAGUCUAUUCAGGUACAUUAGCUAGCGCAAGAUUUUUGUAUGGUGACCGUUCGGUGGUAACUGUUGGCGGCACCGAUGCUUCACUGAUGGUCUGGGAGCUGGUCGAAGAAUAGCCCCUGUGGCCACCGUGGCGCAGUGCUGCGGCCUCGGAGCCUCACAAAGCACAGUACAAUCGAGAACAGCGACCGAGCAUCGUAUCAACAAUAGCCGAUAGUGAAAUGUCCGUGGGAAUGAACGAUGGAAUGGGUGUGACUGCAAUCAGUAACGGUGAUGACAAAUGGGAUCACCAAUCGAAUGCGCAAUCGGAAAGCAGCGAUGACUGUAACAUCGACGGUCAUGUACAAUAUGCGGUCUUACUUCCAGAUGCCUUUGCUGUUCUUGAUUUAACGUGAAAUUGAAUUUAAUGAUACAAAUUGAUUUUGUUUUUCUAGAAUUUUUAACAAAGAAAAAAAACCAACCAAAGCAACAAGAAAAAAAAUCUUUCAAAUAAAAA